AAGCCGCCGGCUCCGACCCCGCCCCUCGCAGCCCCGCAUUAGCGCCUCUCCCCGCCGGGCUGCUGCCGGCGCCAUUCCCUCGGCCUCCGCUGCGCGGCGGGUCGGGCCGGUCCUCCCGUUACCAAAGCAACGGCGGCGCCGGGGACUGCGGGCCGGGCCGGGGCGGGCCGAGCUGGGCCGGGGCGGGCGAGGCCGCGCCGCCGGGUUCCCGCCCCCGCCGCUGCUACCGCCCCGCAGCCGGCGGUCUGGCAGCUGGCAGGCUGCCGUCCGCCAAGAUGGUUCACCACUCGGGCUCCAUCCAGUCCUUUCGGCAGCAGAAAGGUAUGAAUACAAGCAAGAGUGAGACAGUGAAGGAGCAUCCAUUGAAACCUUCUAGAAGAUCUAUGCCAUGCCUAGCCCAGAGCCAAACGCAUCCUCAGAGCCUGACCAAGCAUUCGUCUUUUCUGCAGCCAAACCGCGUGCAGCCACAGCCCCGGCCCCAGCCUCUGAGCGCUGGGACAUCUACAGCUACGGUGGAUGUGGUGUCAGAGCGAGCUAAAGUGAUGGAGACUUUGGAAAACAACUUGCUUAAGCUGUCUAAUACAGAAUACAGUGAUGCGUUUUUAGACCCAGGAAAGGACAAAGACACAUACACAGAUGAUUCAGAACAUGGAAAUUAUGAUGCUCGUACAGAUCAGUCAUUGCUUAUUCAAAACAAGCUUACGAGACAGAAGACAGAACCUCGGACUAAAUCAUCUUUAAAGACUGACGCCAUGGCAUCAUCAGGACUCUUCUUCAAAGACGGCAAAAAGCGCAUUGAUUACAUCUUGGUCUACAAAAAGUCAAGUCCACAGGUAGAAAAAAGAAGCACCUUUGAGAAGAAUUUGAGAGCAGAAGGGUUGAUGUUAGAACGAGAGCCAGCUGUUACAAACAGUGAUAUCAUGUUUGUUAAAAUUCACUGUCCAUGGGAGACAUUGUGCAAAUACGCAGAGAGGAUGAACAUCAGGAUGCCUUUCAGGAAAAAAUGUUAUUACACUGACUGGAGGAGCAAAACCAUGGGCAGUUUGCAGAGGAAUAUGAGAGAGCUGAAAAGUUGGUUGCCCAGAAAUCCAAUGAAGCUGGAUAAGGAGGCCCUGCCUGAUCUGGAAGAAACAGAUUGCUACACAGCACCCUUCAGCCGCGCACGCAUCCACCAUUUUACGAUAAACAACAAAGACAGCUUCUUCAGCAAUUCCACAAGAAGUAGAAUUGUGCAUCACAUGCUACAGAGAACUAAGUAUGAAGAUGGAAAAUCCAAAAUGGGAAUUAAUAGACUACUAAAUAAUGGAACAUAUGAAGCAGCAUUUCCACCACAUGAGGGAAGCCACAAAAGCAGACAUCCCAUCAAAACCCACGGAGCUCAGAAUCACAGACACCUCUUGUAUGAGCGUUGGGCACGGUGGGGAAUGUGGUACAAAUACCAACCUCUCGAUUUAAUCAGGCGAUAUUUUGGUGAAAAAAUUGGACUGUAUUUUGCCUGGUUGGGAUGGUAUACUGGAAUGCUGAUUCCUGCUGCCCUGGUUGGGCUCUUUGUUUUCCUUUAUGGAUUAUUUACGAUGGAUUCCAGCCAAGUGAGCAAAGAGAUCUGCGAGGCAAAUGAAACCAUCAUGUGCCCUAUGUGUGAACGCAAUUGCACGCUACAAAAACUCAAUGAAAGCUGCAUAUACGCCAAGGUUACACAUUUGUUUGAUAAUGGAGGGACUGUCUUCUUUGCUAUUUUCAUGGCUAUUUGGGCUACAGUCUUUCUAGAGUUUUGGAAAAGACGGAGAGCUGUAUUAACCUAUGACUGGGACCUCAUAGACUGGGAAGAUGAAGAGGAAGAGCUGCGCCCCCAGUUUGAAGCUAAAUAUUCCCAAGUGGAAAGAGUAAAUCCCAUCACAGGAAAACCCGAACCAUUUCAGCCUUUCCCGGACAAGCUCAGUCGACUGAUGGUGUCUGUCUCAGGAAUAUUCUUCAUGAUUUCGCUGGUCCUCACUGCGGUGUUUGCGGUUGUGGUGUAUCGCCUGGUAGCCAUGGAACAGUUUGCUUCUUUCAAGUGGUAUUUCAUCAAGAAGUAUUGGCAGUUUGCAACGUCUGGCACUGGAGUCUGUAUCAAUUUUAUGAUCAUCAUGUCACUCAAUGUUGUAUAUGAAAAGGUUGCCUAUCUGCUGACAGACUUAGAGCACCCUAGAACUGAAUCUGAAUGGGAAAACAGCUUUGCCUUGAAAAUGUUCCUCUUCCAGUUUGUCAACUUGAACAGCUCCAUCUUUUACAUUGCCUUUUUUCUUGGCAGAUUUGCAGGCCGCCCAGGAAAGUACAACAAGCUUUUUAACAGAUGGAGACUGGAAGAGUGUCAUCCUAGUGGCUGCUUGAUAGAUCUGUGUUUGCAAAUGGGAGUUAUUAUGGUUUUGAAACAAAUGUGGAACAACUUCAUGGAGCUAGGCUAUCCUUUAUUACAGAAUUGGUGGUCACGACGCAAAAUGAAGAGAGGAGGGCAAUUAAUGGAGCAUAAAAUCUCUCUACCUCAGUGGGAGAAAGAUUGGAAUCUGCAGCCUAUGAAUCUCCAUGGUUUAAUGGACGAAUACUUAGAGAUGGUUUUACAGUUUGGCUUUACCACCAUCUUCGUUGCUGCCUUCCCACUGGCACCUCUCCUGGCGCUGCUUAACAAUAUCAUCGAAAUAAGGUUAGAUGCCUACAAGUUUGUGACCCAGUGGCGAAGACCUAUGCCUGCAAGAGCAACAGAUAUAGGUAUCUGGUAUGGGAUUCUGGAAGGAAUUGGUGUUCUGGCGGUCAUCACCAAUGCCUUUGUUAUUGCCAUUACUUCCGAUUACAUUCCACGUUUUGUCUAUGCAUACAAAUACGGUCCCUGUACAGAUCAAGGAUACAGACAAGAAAAAUGCUUAAAAGGGUAUGUCAACAGCAGUUUAUCAGUAUUUGAUUUGAGUGAACUUGGGAUGGGAUACUCAGGAUAUUGCCGAUACAGAGAUUACAGAGCCCCACCGUGGAGUUCAACUCCAUAUGAAUUCACUUUGCAGUUCUGGCAUGUCCUGGCAGCGCGGCUGGCCUUCAUCAUAGUGUUUGAGCACCUUGUUUUUGGAAUAAAGUCUUUCAUUGCCUACCUGAUUCCAGACAUGCCCAAAGACUUGUGUGACAGAAUGAGGAGAGAGAAGUACUUAGUCCAGGAAAUGAUGUAUGAGGCUGAACUGGAGCAUUUGCAGAGAGAAAGAAAAAAGAACGGGAAACAGUAUCACCAUGAAUGGCCUUAGUCACUACCAUGCUGCAGCAAAAACACUGUUUGGGAACUGAAGAGUGCAGUUACAAAAAUGAAAUCAGGGUCUGGCAUCUGUGUGUGAGAUUGGCAGUGUGUGUAUGUUCUUGCUGGGCAGUACAGUUGCAGACUGUGAUGGGAACUGGAAAAUUGAUGCUUCCGAUGAAGAAAAUGAAGAGCCUUACCUGUAGCUGGUCUGUGGUGAGCACCAAGAAGAAUUUGCACUCAGGAAUGUGCAGACAGAUUAAAAAUUCGGACACUCCAGUUUAAAAAAAGGCAAUGAAUUUCCAUGCUGUUCAUGAAGAUACUGACAGCAUAAUGAAAAUAAAAAAUUACCUGUGAACUUAUACAGUAAGGGCAUGACUAAAAUCAACUUACGUGAUAUCCACUACUUCUACAGCUUCUGAUUGCUCAGCUCCAUCUGUAAUGCCUCUGAAGAAAAGAGCAAUUGUUGCCUUUGUGGCCAUAAUUUGAUAUAAACGAUCUUGCAGGCUUACUGUUUUGUCAGGUUUGUCCUAGUCUCUUGUUGAGAUUGUGGAUGUGGUCCUACCCUAAAAAAGGGGUCUAUGGCUGCUUAAUAUAUACUAUGCAGUUUCAGAUUUGCACAUCAGUGUCAUUAAUUUAUCCUUCUAGUUGAAAACCAAAAAUUGUAAAUUCAAAGAGAAAACAGCAGCACUAAGAGAACGCGUCGCAUUGCCCACGUUGCAGCUCCGUUUGAAAAUGACAUGGCUGUUGAGUUGUCUUUCCACUUCCCUGUGCAGAAAGGCCACCUCCGCACGCUUCCAGGAUGAAAGCACCGUCAUUUUCCUGCUCCCAUGUAGCAUGCGGAUGUGUAACUGUGUUACUUUGACCUCUCUGGGCAACGGUUCCAUGACUUCACAGAAUGCUAACUUGAAAUAUUCUCGUACAGCGCAAAUGACUUCGUCCAGAAUAUACAAUUAACUCUUUAUAGUAUGCAAGCUUAUGCAGAUAUAUAUCAGACAUACAGUAUAACGUUGUGACUUGCUUGUUCAGGGAAGGAGAAGCAGAGCACUUUAUAACAAUGCUCUUCUUAUUGUAAUAGUAAAUGUUCCGGUAACGUGCACUUCUUUUAUUGGCCUAAGUCAAAGCAUGGGAGUUAGAUACGGGCAGAUAUGUAUACAGGUUGUAUAUAAAUGCACAAACACACACAGUGGUUACUUUUAGAUUUUUUUAUUAUUAUUUGUACGCCUUCUUACAGUUUGGGCAGGGGCUUUUUGGAUAAAAUCACUAUAAAAGGUAGGUGUUCACGUAAAGGAUCAAAUUUCAGGUUAUAUGUGCAUACAGCAGUGUUGCUUAUGGGUAUAGUCACAUUUUGGUGAUUAAAUUGUCUAUUACUAACAUUUCAUAAUGUGGGAAAAGAUAAGCACUUACUUUAAACAAUUUAAACGAGUGUGCAGGGUUCACUUGCAGAGAAGGGAGUGGAGAAACAGUUACGAUCAUUCUGUUUCUCUUCUACAAUUUUAAAUAACACUUCUCUAUAUUGGAUGAGAAAAAUUUAAAAAGCAAAGAGUCAAAGAAGCACAGUAACUAUAAAGGCUGCAAAUUUUAGCAUUAUUUUUAGGGAUAAAGCCGCAGCAAAAUCACUGCUGACGGAUAUUAGAAGACCUGACUUUUUUACUACUUACAAUACCCUAUUGAACCAAAAAGUGCGAUUCCAGUAUUCGCUUGCAUGUAUUAGCACAAUCAUUUUCAUUUAUCCUGCCAUAUGAAGUUAAUUUUAAGAGUCAAGAGCCCAUCAAAGUGGAUGAGUAGGAUCUAUUGUAUCCAGAGGGCCUGGCCUAGCAUCAGACCUUAGGUUCUUAAGUCCUUUCACCAUAUUCAUGGAAUUUCUUGGUUAAUUCCAGCUCUCUGUGACCAGACAAGGCAACUAUAGGAGUAUCUAUGGUAUCGCGUAAAGGAGAAAAGAAAUUGGAAGGUAUGGUCUAAUCAGAUUUAUUACCCUUUAGCUCUGUGAUAAAGGGCUGGUGGAACUCAGCUUCCCGUAUUUUGGAAAGGCUGUUCUGUUCCUUCUUAUUCUGGGUUCUGUGUUACGUUCAAAACGUCUUAAUUAUUCCUAACCAAAUUCCGUGUCUUGAUUCAGACAAAAGAAUUCUCCUUAGCGCUUAUAGGAUUCUCCUCAGUGCUUACGGAAUCACACCGUUUGUUUUAAUUUAUCGUCUCUCUCGUUCUGCGGGUUGUCAAGCGCCGUUUGACAGCAUUAACGGUGUGUCACAGCGUCUGUUGCUGUGCCGCGUAGCGACAGUCCUUCAGUUCUUCAGAAGGUCACAGAUGAGCUCUCUUUUUAAUGUUUUCUCUAAAAACAGAAUUCCUUGGCUGGUCCAAGGCAUAAAGAUACAGGAUAAAAUUAGGCAAAAAUCAGAAAUAUUGAUUAUUUUAUACUUUCCUGUUUCUGCUGUGGAUAUUGGCACAUGUCAAUACAUACUUAUGCAAAUUCCAAUUGGACUUAAAAAAUAUGUAGGAAAUAAAACCUUUUUGUAUUUGAAAUUUAAAUAUAUAUAUUAUUAAUGAUUUUCAACACUGGUGUACAGGAGUGUAUCAAAGGCAAGUAUGUAGAUCUGACAUUGUGCAUUUUACGCACUGGAGAAGCACAAGAAGUUUUGGAGAAACGCUGUGUGUGUUCCUUUAUUUUUGGAGGACAUGAACAAUGUCUAAAGGUUUUGCCACUCUCUAGCCGUUUGCUUAAGCUGAGAAAACUUUUUGCUAGACUUCGUUUAGUACGCUGUUUGCAUUGACUGCACGUUAUUUUACUAAAGUAUAAGGCACACGCUGUCCUCAGGAAUAAUGUAUUUUAUGAAUGGUGAAUGAUCUUUUCAUAUUCUAAAUAUCGUCUUUCCAAACACACGAGCAGUAUGAAUAGGCUGUGCAUGCAAGCUGUGUUUGUGAAAUCCGACAAAGCUUUAGAACUUCAAUUUGUGCAAAAAUGCUUUAGAUCCUCGCAGAUCUGACCUAUGACAACUUUGCUCUAUGCAUGCGCCCUUAGAGAGAGACCGCAUGAGCAACUAGGUAUUUUUAAAUACAAAGGAUUAGUCCAAAAUGUCUUAAUUAUUCCUAACCAAAUUCCGUGUCUUGAUUCAGACAAAAGAAAUUUCCAUUUCAGAAAUAGAAAAAAGUCCACAUACGUUAUACCCAUCUCAUUUCUUAGGACUUUUUAUUCUAAAUUUGUGCCUAAUGUGUGAGAUGUGAAUUCUGGUGACUAAAAAAAAAGGCGGGGGGGAAGAAUUCUGCUUCAUUAGCCAUCCUAAUGAGAAGUUUCUUCUUAGAGCUCAGCAUCUGUCUGCGCACGGAGGGAUGCACGAAGGGCUCAGUGUUCACAACUGGGUGCUAGCAGGGUCGCCUGAAGUUUGAGCGCCGAAGGUGGCUGCAAUUCAGUUUCCUUACCAGAAACACGGCACAGUGAUCAAGCAUCCUAAGAGAGUACUAAUAUUUGGAAACAAGGAAAACCACAUGGUGACCACUUUUUUAUUUUUCUUUCCUACCCCUUUUGUUAAAGGAUUUAUAGAGAAAAUUUAGAUGAACGUUGAAGUUAAUAUUGGUGAUGACAAGGCUAAAGUUUCCGUAGUGAUGCUGGACGAUAGGUGGGGUUUUGUUAGUUGUUUCUCUGGAAGUACACAUCUUCGUUACAACAAACCACACACCAGCUAUUGCUGUGCCCUUUUCCAACAGCAACUUGUCUUAAAUUGUGUCCUGAGGAUCACUUAGCCUCAGUUGUGUCCUGUGGAAAGCUCGAAAGAGAAACGUCUGGAGGGCCUAGUGAAAAUAGGUUAAUAGGUCCAUUCCUUAAUGCAUGAAGUCAUAAAUCUCCUGAGGUUUCCUUCCUAAAACUUUCUGCAUAAGGAAAAAUAUCUUGGGAAACACAGCUUUAGGGUGAGCGUUAAUAUGGGGAAAGGCAAGAACUUCGGUGAUAUUUUAUUCUUAUUGUGCCGCUCAGAUGAUCGGUCUAAUGUAAGCAGUGCACAUCUGCAGUUUCCUUGCUGCACCUUCUUCCACUGCAGACUCCAGACGGGAGAGCUGCCGGAGAGAAUUUCUGGAGCCGCAGGGUCCAGCGGCGUUACCUGCGAAGUCCUACCUGGCAUCAUGGGACUUAACGCACGUCACAGUUUGUUCAGGGGCAAAUUAGUAUAUACAUAUUUAGAAGCAUCUUAUCAUUUGGAUCGACUGAAAAUGAUCCGUGUCCGUAAAAUGAAAAGGAAUGGUUUGGACAUGGUUAACUUAGGAGUGUCACAAAUUUUCAUUAAAACGAUUAUAAACUAGAAUUUUUUACAUACACUGGGCAAUGGCCAUAUCAAUAAAACUCAUUUUAUACAAACAGCCAAAUACGAAGGCAAUAAAGUCAAUGGAAAAUCAAACAAACACAUUUUCUAUUAAGUGUUACACAGGAGAAAAGGGACAGAGAUAAAACUAGCGGCAUCAACAAUCACUCACAACGGAGUAGCACUUCCAGAAGCAUUUUAUUUUUUAUAAUCCUCAUAAACUACUAAUGUUGCUUAUUUGGGGGUAAAGGUUGAAACAAAUAUCCAGCCAGCCUUUCGUAAUAAUGUUUAUUUGGUGUUAAGGCUGACGCUAGAAUUCAAACAGAAUUCCACUUUUAGACAGACCUGCUAUUUUGUUAGUUCCAAUGCAUAUUUUGUCUGACUAAAAUACAUGCAGGGACACUUGUUGAAGGUGUUUAAUUGACUAAAUUCCUGUGGCGGAAAAUUUAGCAGCUUUAAAAAAAUCCCGAAAUCGUUUCGUACUCAACCUCAUGUUCGCAAAGCCUGUGUUACGCUGGGGUAAAGCGCAGCAAGGCAGCAUUUUGGGGCUGGGGAUGAGCAGAGGAAGGCAAGGGCUCCUUGUCACUUCAAGUUUCGUUCCGGAAUCCCAAAUUCUGCAAAAGAAGGUGUUGAAGCCGGAACGUGGUGGCAGACCUGCUGCUCCUUUUCCUUUUCUCUUCUGGCUCAUUCUUCACUUACCCUCAGCGUUUUAUUAAACGAUGCCUUCUUGCUGAUGGUCAAAUUUCCAGGGCAAAUUCUGUAACUGAAUUUUUGGGUGUCCCUAGCUGAGAUGCGAAGCAAAAAGUGCACAAAUACUGGUUUGUCUGGUGCUUUUUACAAGUCGGUAUGCGUUGGACGGAGCGGUGCGAGGAAGCGCGGGGUGCAUCCCCGGGUGCCAUUUGGCCACCCGUUUCUGCAUCUGUCCCGCGGGCCACUUUCCCAAGCACUACAUUUUGCACUCCCUCUGUCCCUCCCUACGCCCACACAGGCAUCCUAAAUACCCUGUACAAUCCUAGCGUUUUUAAAUGUAUAUAAUGGCCUCACGAUGACAAUUUUUGUCCAAUAUUGCCAUUGCAACCACGUUUACCAGAAAUUUGUAUGGGCGUGAUUUUGGCAUAGUCGCGAUAGCACAAUGUUACCACAACGGCACAAAGUUCUGACGGCACAACAAGGAACUGUAGAGAAAUCACGUCGUCAUUCCACAUUACACAGGAACUUUUGACAUCCGGGACUGGGAUUUAGUCUUGAAAAGUUAAUGGUUUAUCCCCUCCUCACUGCACUGGAAAUGACCUGGUGUUAGUUCUGUUGGCUCCUUCUAACUUUUUUGCCGUAACCUCUGUAACGUUAUAUGUUCUCUGUCGUUUGCAUUCUUAUUGCCGUGAGCUAGUUGUUAGGAUGCUACUGGGUGAGAAAUUAGGAUUGAACCCAAUGCAGUCUAAAGCUAAUGAGAUUCUAAACACCGCGAACACGACGAUUUUUCUGUUAAUAAUGAAAAGAAAUUCAGAUCGCCUUUUCAUCUUGUGUUCUAUUCAGAUGACUCAGAGUUUUGUAUUGAAGAAUCUUCCAAACUCUUGGCUCUAAUUUUUACCUAGAGUAGUAUCACUGAAACGUCAGUUCUUGGAAAUGAUCUCAUGUAAAAUCUAACUGAGUAACAUAGUUCAGUCAUUUUUUACUCUGAUAGUCCUGGCUAACUUGCAAUAUCACGAGCGUAAGAGAUUUCUUAAAAUGUGUAUAUAUUUGAGAUUUAUGUAAUAUUUAAAUACAACUUGGUUUCUAAGUAAGGAAUGAAAAUAAAAUGUCAACUAUUUUUUCUAUUCAUAAAUCCACACUUUGUAAGUAAUGUUUAAACUAUAGACUACAGUACCACGGAGCGUUUCAGAGAAAUUGACUUUUGUGCACUACAAGCUAGAAGUUCCUCUGGCCUGUCAGCUUUAGGUUUCUUUUGUGUUUUAAGAUUACUUUCACAAGCCGAUAUGUACCCCAGAACUAAAAAAAAAAAAAAAACACACUGAGGAAAAAGUUGCUGAUCUGAUUAACUAUUGUAAGACACUUUUGGCAUAAAUUUGUCUUUGAGAUGCUGUUUACUUUAUCAAGGUUUACAUGUACAAAUGCAACUACUUACUGUAUCAUACACAUUUGAAUAUUGCAUUUUUUCAGUAAUAAACUUGGAUAUCUUUG